AUAGGGGAAAUACUCGCUGUUUUACAAGGUGAAUUACCUUAUAGAGGGUGGGUGCCUUACAACACUUACACUUCGCUUUUUUUAUUUUUACUCACAUCUCUUCAAGAAAUGUUAGCUUUGAUUUUCGGUACGAUUGUAAAUAUCGCUACGGAAACCUUGGUAUUAGGGUUUUGCUUACAAACGUGUUCACAACUUGAAAUUCUAAAAUAUCGUCUUCGAAGGGAGGUAAAAUCUAGCGAAAAGGAAGAAACUUAUUGCGACAAUCCGUUAAAUGGCGUGUCACGUAAGAGAAACAGAUUGUCAAAACACAUUCGUUAUCAUCUGUACAUAAUCAGAUUUGCCAGAAUGGUCAAUGAUGUAUUCAGCCAAGUACUCUUUAUCCAAUUUUGUAUGUUUGUGCAAAUUUUUGUGUAUUGCUGGGCUGGAAACGAAGUAAUACUUAAGAGUAGUGGAUUGAGUGAAGCAAUAUAUCAAAUAGAUUGGAUAUUGUUGAAUAUCAACGAACAAAAGGAUUUACUAAUGAUUAUGAAACGUAGCAUAAGACCUAUAAAGUUUACCAGCAGUUUUUUAGUGACAUUGUCUCUGGAAUCGUAUGGGAAUAUUCUCAAAGCAUCCUACUCUGCCUUUAAUGUUUUACAACAAUCUUGA